AUGAGAAGUCAUAGUGGUUUGGAGACUGCUCUACAAUCAAAGGCAAAAAUUUUGUCUCAUAUUCAGAUAGAUGGAAAAAAGCCUAGAUUUAGUUUUGGGAAAGGCAGAUUUGAUGCCAAAAAGAAAGGAAGAGGUCAGUUCUAUUGUAAUCGUUGCAAGAAACUUCAUCAUUCGAAAGAUGAGUGUGGGUACAAAAAGAAAACAUCACCAAAAACAUGUUGUUAUUGCAACCGUCCAGGUCAUUUUGAGAAGGAUUGCUACCGCAAGAAGAAUCAACAGAUGCAAUAUCAACUUGUUCAGCAACAACAACAAGCAAAUGUUUCUGAGGAUGAUGAGAAUGAAGAGCAAUUAUUUACUGCCUUCUUAGCGGAUACCAAGGAUCAAUUUGAUUCUUGGUUUAUUGAUAGUAGAUGUACCCAGCACAUGACCAGCAUAUUGGAGUUAUUCACUAACUUGGAGGAUAUGAAAGGUAUGGUGAGGUUGGGAAAUGAAAAGCGAGUUUCAAUCAAAGGGAAAGGUACCGUAGCCAUUCCAACAAUUAAAGGUAUUAAAUCGAUUCUUCAAGUUCUCUUUGUGCCUAAUUUAGAUCAAAACUUAUUAAGUGUUGGUCAAUUAAUGCAAAGGGGUUAUAUGCUUGAAUUUGCAAAUGAUGUAUGUAAAAUAAAGGAUUCAAAUGGUGUGGAGUUCAUGUACGUGCCUAUGAAGAACAUAAGUUUUGUAGUGAAUUGGAAUUCUAGUGAUAAAAAUGCCUUGAGUAGUAGAUUAGAAAGUGAAUCUUGGUUAUGCCAUAAGAGGUUGGGACAUUACAACUUCAACUCCAUUAAAUUGGCUGAAGAAAAGAAAAUGGUGAUUGAUUUACUAACCAUAGAAGUUAGUGAUGUAAUAUGUGAGAGUUGUCAAUUAGGAAAGCAAAAUAGAAUGCCUUUUCCUAACUUUUCAUCUUGGAAACCCAAGGAGAAAUUGCAAUUGGUUCAUUCUGAUUUGUGUGGACCAAUGAAGACACCUUCCCUAAAUGGAAAUAGAUACUUCCUUUUGUUUAUUGAUGAUGCAACAAGGAUGACAUGGAUUUAUUUUUUGAAAUUGAAGUCUGAUGUGUUUGGAGUGUUUGAGAAUUUUAAGGCAAUGGUUGAAACUCAAAGUGGUGUGCCUUUGAGGAGUUUGAGAAUUGACAAUAGCAAGGAGUAUUCCUCUGCCAAGUUUGAUUUGUUUUGUGCAGAUUUUGGAGUCCAACAUCAAUUUAUAAUUCAUGAGGAGCCAAAUGAUGCAACAUUGUAUGUAAAGGAAGAUGAAGGAAGUAUGAUUGUCUCUCUGUAUGUUGAUGAUUUGUUGAUUACGGGUGAUGUUAAAAAGAAAAUUGAAGACUUUAAGAGAAGUGUGAUGAAGGAGUUUGAAAUGAGUGACUUGGGGAAAACGAAUUAUUUCCUAGGUCUUGAAGAACCAAGUGAAGAACAUUUCACAGUAGGAAAAAGAGUUUUAAGAUACUUGAAGGGGACAAAGGACCAAGAGGCUGAAUAUGUUGUAGUAGCAGCAGCUACAAACCAAGCCUUGUGGAUAAGGAAACUGAUGAAAGAUUUAGGAAUAGAGCAGGAGGAAGACACUUCAAUUAUGUGUGAUAACAAAUCAACCAUCUCCACUGCUGAAAAUCCAGUCCACCAUGGAAGAACAAAGCACAUCAAUAUAAAGUACCAUGUUGUUCAUGAAGCUGAGAAGAUGAAGGAAAUCAAGAUGAUGUUUUGCAAAUCAAAAUUUCAAGAUACGGGAGGGUCAUGUCAUCGUUUGUCACAGCAUGGGCAUUUUCAUCAUUUUCUACCCCUGUGUUGCGACACACUCGCUUCUACCCUCUCCUAUGUCGCGGCAUUGUGCUGUGACACACUUGCUUUUGUCUUCUACUGUGCUGCAACAUACUUGGUUCUGCCUUAUUUUUCAUCUUCGAGUUUUUCCCUUGUUUCUCCUUCUUUGCUUGCUUCCUUCUACUCCUUACCACUUCUCAGCAUGAUAGCAUUGACUCUCCUUCGAAUUCUUCUCAAUAUCACUCGGCAAUUUAAGCAUCAUCUCAUCAACCUCGCCAAUACUUGCAGAGCUACAGAAGAGGCUUAUCCCUUCAUUCUUUCAUUUAACAAAUUAUCAUAUAGUGUCAAAGUUCAUCAAAAAUUGGCAUUUUCAUUUUUGGGAAGGGGCAGACGCGGCUUACAAGAGUGUAACAACAACAAAGUUUUACUAGAUAAUAUUUCGGGUGAAGCACGAGAAGGUGAAAUUAUGGCCAUUCUUGGUGCUAGUGGAUCUGGUAAAUCAACUUUGAUAGAUGCUCUUGCAGGCCGCAUAGGGAAAGAGAGCUUGAAAGGAACCAUAAGUUUGAAUGGAGAAGUGUUGGAGUCUCGACUUUUGAAGGUAAUAUCUGCUUAUGUGAUGCAAGAUGAUCUUUUGUUUCCAAUGUUAACUGUACAAGAGACGCUAAUGUUCUCAGCAGAGUUCAAACUUCCUCGAUAUUUCACGAAGAAAAUGAAACAAGCAAGAAUUCAGGCUCUAAUCGAUCAACUAGGACUACGAAGUGCGGGGAAUACUAUCAUCGGUGAUGAAAAGCAUAGAGGCAUAUCAGGAGGCGAGCGGAGGCGCGUUUCAAUCGGAGUUGAUAUAGUUCACGACCCCAUCCUCUUGUUCCUGGAUGAGCCCAUAUCAGGGCUAGAUUCCACCAGCGCAUUUAUGAUUGUUAAGGUCUUGAAGCGGAUUGCAAAGAGUGGAAGCAUUGUGAUCAUGUCCAUACACCAACCCAGUUACAGAAUUUUGAGCUUACUGGACCGUUCUGUCUUUCUCUCACGUGGACAGACUGUGUACAGCGGAGCAUUAGCUGGUCUUUCCCACUUCUUUUCAAACUUCGGGCAUCCAGUUCCUGAGAACGGGAACGAAACCGAGUUUGCUCUUGAUUUGAUUCGCGAACUUGAAGAAAUUCCAGGCGGAAUUACCAGCCUCGUUAAUUUCAACAAGGCAUGGCAAACCCUCAUGAAACAUGCAAAUAAGGUCGAUGAUCAACCCAAAGUUUCACUCAAAGAUGCAAUGAAGACAAGCAUUGCGAAAGGGAAACUAGUCUCCGCUGGUACAUCCACAAAUGACUCAAAUCAAACAUCUUCAGUUCAAACCUUUGCUAAUCCUUUUUGGAUUGAAAUUAUAGUCAUUUCCAAAAGAUUGCUAAUUAACUCUAGAAGAAUGCCUGAACUAUUUAAGAUUCGGUUAGGUGUAGUUUUUUUUACAGCAUUUAUCUUGGGCACCCUUUACUGGCGACUCAGCAAUUCCCCACAAGGCACCGAAGGAAGAUUAGGGUUCUUAGCUUCUGCAAUGACCACCAUACUCUACAUUUGUGCGCACGAAAUCCCUGCAUAUCAUCAAGAACGAUACAUUUUCAUAAGAGAAACUGCUUAUAAUGCUUACCGCCACUCAUCCUACGUCCUCGCUCACUCUCUAGUCUCCAUUCCUUCAAUGAUCAUCCUCUCUUUUGCCUUUUCUGCAUCAACCUUUUGGGCGGUUGGUCUUGCUGGCGGGUUCUCCGGAUUCUUCUUCUUCUUCAUCACAAUCUUUGCGACAUUUUGGGCUGGGAGUUCAUUUAUGGCAUUUUUCUCUGGACUCGUCACUAAUUUGAUCGUGGGUUUCACCAGUGUGGCAGCAAUUCUGGGUUACUUUCUAAUCUUUAGUGGAUUCUAUAUCUGUCCUCGCCAAAUACCUUUCUAUUGGAAAUGGUUGCAUUAUGUUUCUCUAGUGAAGUAUCCAUAUGAAGCUGUUUUGCAAAAUGAAUAUAGCGAUACAAGGAAGUGCUUUGCGAAAGGAAUUCAACUUUUUGAUAAUACGCCAUUCGUGGAACUCACUGUGGCCACGAAGAUGAAGCUAUUGGAAAGCAUGAGCAGUGUGUUGGGCAAAGAUAAAUUAUCGAGCUCAACCUGUCUGAGCACUGGGGUGCAAAUACUGAAGCAAAUUGGGGCAUCAGAUUUCAAUAAAUGGAAUUGUAUUUUGAUUACUAUUGCCUUUGGAAUCCUAUUUAGGGUUCUGUUUUUUCUCUCUUUGCUGUUUGGAAGCAAGAACAAGAGGAGGUGA